GUAUGUGAGAGAGUGUGCCCACCUUGUUCCAGCAACGACGAGCCAUCCUGAAAGCCAGCUGCAAAGACAACAACAAAAAAAUAAAAUAGUCAUAGUAAUAAGUAAAGAAGCAGUCGGACCGGCACGCAUUUUAACCCUUCUUUCGGGCUUUUGUAGUCGCUUUAAAAACAAAACAAAAAACCCAUAUAUCCACCGUUCAAAAUGGUUGAGGAUGUGAUGGGGUGCUGUCCUGCUAUCGCUAGCUAGGCGGACAAAUUCCUUCAACCCAGCCUGCUGUUUCAAUCACUGCGGGUUGACACAGCAGCUGAGGCGUCGCUGAGGAAGCUAGCGCCCGUAGCCGCUGCGUCUAAUUUAGCCAACGCGAGCUAAUAUAUAGUGCAAUAGUCCUCGGUUAUCACUUUAACGUAGGCUUAGCUGGCAAGGAGCUAUUUUUUCGGGUGUUAACAAGCUAGCAAACGUCGGCGAGGCUGCACAAAUAUCAACUGUUAAAGGGUUGUGUUUUUGGAUGUCGCGACACUGCAGCUUUCAGCCACUUUUUGGCGGAUCGUGAAGCUAGAAAUUUGGAUCGGACGAGAGCUGUGACAGUGCAAAAGGGGGGUUAAUGGUAUAAACCGGCUAUCGAGUGGGUUAAAUCUGUUAACACACCGUGUGCAGUCAUUUUUAAUAUUGGCCGUGUUAAGAUAAGAAGCGGAGCAUCUCGGGGAGGCCCCACCGUGCUCCUGACUCCCUCCCCUUGUCCGACUCUCCCGUGAUUUGACGAGGACACCCGGGUGAAGUCGCAGUUGUUCUCGGCCGGGGGGGACAACUUGACAGCGAGGCCCCUAGCUAGUCUCCCCUCCCCCCACCACCACCACCACCCCCCACCCACCAACCCAGUCCCGUCCACUCAUCCGUCCAGCCCCGACAGACCACCACCUCCUCCUCGCCCCUGACAUCGAAGCGAGAGGACCGGGGGGUUUUCUCUCUUUUCUUUUUUGGAGGGGGAGAAGCUGAAACCGUGGGCAAGUGUCGUCGUGGUCCCGUCUUAACCGGGCUGCCACAAGCAGAGGGGAUGACUCUGGAGUCCAUGAUGGCUUGCUGCCUGAGCGAAGAGGCGAAGGAGUCGAAACGAAUCAAUGCAGAAAUUGACAAACAACUGCGCCGAGACAAGCGAGACUCCAGGAGAGAGCUGAAAUUACUUCUUCUCGGUACGGGUGAAAGUGGCAAGAGCACCUUCAUCAAGCAGAUGAGGAUUAUCCAUGGAGCCGGCUACUCAGACGAAGACAAGAGAGGCUUCAUCCGACUUGUUUACCAAAACAUCUUCACCUCCAUGCAGUCCAUGAUUCGCGCCACUGAGAACCUCAAGAUCCCCUACAAAUAUGAACAGAAUCGGUCUAAUGCCAUGCUGGUGAAGGAGGUGGACAUUGAGAAGAUCAAUGGGUUUGACCAGCCCUACAUCGUAGCUAUCAAAACCCUCUGGGCUGAUCCGGGGAUCCAGGAGGCUUAUGACCGCCGCCGAGAGUACCAGCUCUCUGACUCCACUAAAUAUUACCUUAGCGAUAUUGACCGUGUGACUGCGGAGGGAUAUGUUCCCACCCAGCAGGAUGUGCUGAGGGUCCGUGUUCCCACCACAGGCAUAAUAGAGUACCCAUUUGACCUGGAGAACGUCAUCUUCAGUUAUCUUACCGAUCUGGAUCGUAUUUCAGAUUCCAACUAUCUUCCCACUCAGCAGGAUGUGCUCAGGGUGCGCAUCCCCACCACAGGAAUCAUAGAGUACCCCUUCGACUUGCAAAGCAUCAUUUUCAGGAUGGUGGAUGUCGGGGGUCAGAGGUCAGAGAGGAGGAAGUGGAUUCACUGCUUUGAGAAUGUCACUUCCAUCAUGUUUCUUGUGGCGCUUAGUGAGUACGACCAGGUCCUGGUGGAGUCAGACAAUGAGAACCGCAUGGAGGAGAGUAAAGCUCUGUUCAGGACUAUCAUUACCUACCCCUGGUUUCAAAACUCCUCCGUCAUCCUCUUCCUGAACAAGAAGGAUCUGCUAGAGGAGAAGAUCUCCUACUCACACUUGGUGGACUACUUCCCUGAGUUUGAUGGUCCCCAGCGAGAUGCACAGGCAGCGCGGGAGUUCAUCCUCAAGAUGUUUGUGGACUUAAACCCAGACAGCGACAAGAUCAUCUACUCUCACUUCACUUGUGCCACAGACACUGAGAACAUCCGCUUUGUGUUUGCAGCUGUCAAAGACACCAUCCUACAGCUCAACCUCAAAGAGUACAACCUGGUGUGAAGGCUCUCGUAUGAUGCACAUCUCCUCCCCAUUGCACAAAUGCACACCUCUUUCGGAGUGUGCGCUCAACCUCCUCAUGCAUAACACAGCACAUCAUGCUGGCACACACACAGACACACACACACACACAUACAACAGACACACACACACACACACACACACACACACAUAUACACACCCAACAGAACCCUUCCUGCCCCCCCCACACCCCUCUCUUACACUACAUUCACAGAUCCUCCCACCUGCAAACGCCGCCCUUCUCUUUCACCAAAGCUCGCCCUCUUCCUCCUUUUGCUCGGCAGCUUGUUGUGUCAGAGUCCUCGCUCCUCCCAAAGCUGCUCCGUGUCUGAUUUGGCCUCGGCUGCUGGCUCUGGCACAUUUCAUCUGGCACACAAACCUUUCACACGGGCUGUACAGUGACUGAAAGGGACUUUGGUGUUUGUGUGUGUGUGUGGUACGUUUGUGUGUGUGCGUGCGUGCGUGUGUGUGUUGCAUCGACUAGCGAGGAGCUGUGUUUUGGUGGAUAUCGGCAUCAAACCUCUUGGCCCUCUGGAGUUGAUCCCAAUUGGUGUGAGAUCAGAUCCUCCGUUGUCUUUUUUUUUCUGAGGUCCCGCCGGAGUGGAAGGAAGUGAACACUGAAUCUCCCAAAAACCAUCUGAGGACCAGUGAGUGGCACGGUGCUCCUUUUUUGAAAUCCUACCACAGUGUUGGGACAGGAUGUGAGGUCACACACAGGACGCAAGGGGACGGGGGCCGAGGAUUCUGUCUCCACCUCGCAUCUAUGAAUGUACCCACCAGUGUGAGCAUCGCAAUCGCAAAAAAUAGAAAUAUAUAUAUAAUGAAGUAAAUGUAUAUGUAAACACACUUAAGACAAAAGCACGAGAGGGCAAGAAAUAGCAAAUCAAAAUCUGUCCAUUGCUGAGAUUUUUAAAAUGUUUUUAAUGAUAGAAAUUUGUUGCUACGUCUACUUCUAUUUAACAAAUUAUGGCUAAAUGGAACGGUGAUAAGAAAAAUCUAUAAAAACUUUUAAACUUUGCAUAACAAAGACAUCUAAAAAAAAAAGAGAGAAGCAACUACAAAUUUAGUUGAUAAGUAUCCUUUAAAGAUUUCUGUGGGAAUAGUUUUUUUAGUUUAAGUUAAUCACAUGGCUUCCCUCCUCCAGAGGUUUUCUGUAUGGAUUCACAGGGACAAUCUUCCAUGUGACCUUCACGGCAUCUGGCUCCACUGAUACACACCCCCACACCCUUAUUACAAAACACUCGUAGCGGGUGAGAGGACGCCGCUUUUGACACAGGCUCCACUCUGAUUGGCAGAAGCAGAUGUGGAGGGGAGCGUGAUGAUGUCAGUGUUUAUCAGCCCACAGAGUGCAUCUGCAACUCGGGGCUGCGAGUAGCUCAUUCAACAAAAUAAAAGCUGUAAAUUAGACACGCCCACGCCCAGGGUGUGAAAAGAAUCCAUGCGGUAACAUCUCUGAUGACGUGGCACCUGCGUCACUCAGCCGUCCAAUCAGACACACUUCCUGACAGUGACAUAGUCAUUCUUUAUAUCAGGAUGUGCUUCUGUUUACUCGUUUUUUUUCUUUCUUUCUUUUUUUUUUUUUUUUUUUUUUACUGUAUAGUCACUUUGUUUAUAAAAAGAUUGCUUGCUGUUGAGUGGUGAGAGGAAGAGGGGCUAUGAACCUUUGACAGAAAACGCACUCUGAAGUCUGCAAAUGUCGUUUGUGUAUAUUUGUUUGUAAAUACAUAUACACAAAACACUCCUGUACAAAAACGCUCUGUGGUACACCAUCUUUGGCAAAAAAACAAACAAAAACAAAAAAAACCAACAAAAAAAAAAGUAUCAACUUCUUUCAUUAGCAUACAGUUUUUUUUCUCCUAUGAAUUUAUGGUAGUAUUGAUACUGUGAUAAUGGAUUUUGUUCACUUGAUUAAUAGGACUACACAGAGCUGAGUGGUGUCGAGUAAACGAUCGGCAAGGAGCAAUAGUCAGAGACGAGAGGUUCCUUCCAACCAGCCUCUUAAACCCUCACAACUCCACACUACUGCAACAGCUCUGGCUCCAGAGUAAUACUAACUAGGGCUGGUAAAAACAGUAUGGUGACAAGAUGAUUUAAGAGUAAUUAAAGAUUUUUUUAUUUAUCUAAUUUAUGGACCAGGUUUGAAGGUGUUGAUAAUUUGACUGCUUUUGAUUCUGUCAUGUUGAAGUGCUCCUUUUCUCAUGGCGGAGCCUACUUGAGUCUGAACUGCUGUAAAAAACAAAACAAAAACAAACAAACAAAAAAAAAAACGAAUGUCUGGUAUAGUAAGGACUUUAUCUCUGCUUUCUAUUUCUUAUUGAGACAUUUCCAGUUGUACUUCCCAUCACGUCUCCAUCCAUGAUAAUACUGUUUGGUUUCUUUAGGAGCCCUCACAUCUGUUUUGUUUGAUUUUUAACAAAAAAAAAAAAAAAAAGAAACUUGUAUUUCCUCUUGGUUUAUAGACGCAGCGCUGUAAUGCAUACCUAGAAAAAUGUACAGUACGAACGUAGGUGGAAUUUUUUAUCAGUGAUUGAAGACCUCUGCGGGUCCAUGCUUGCUCUUUGUAAUUUAACACAAAAAAUUCUGUUGUUGGUUUUUUGCAUUGUUAAUUUCCAGUUUUUUGAGGCUUGCUUUGAUAGUGCCAGUGAAGUGCAGAUAUACUUUUUUGGUCUUUGACCUUUUGUACAGGUGACUUAUCCUUCAUCCUCAUUAAGGGCUAUCACAGUGCAUCAGGCAUCAGACAGUGGGGAGUGGAGUACAGGACCACAGUGAACCAAGUCAUCCACUACUAAUCCUUGUUUAUAAAUGGAGAUUACUUGUGUGUGUGCUAUAGGAAGUAUAGGCAAGGUGUGUGUGUGUGUGUAGAGAGAGUUUACCAACACUAAGCAGUUUUGUCUCUGUAUUUCUUUAUGUAUCUGGCCCUUUUGGUGAAUAAGGUGGACCCAGUAUGUGGCUCUUGGACCUUCAACUAUUUCUCAUUGGGUUGUUUUGCAUUGGUGUGACAGUGUUAGCUGUCAUACUCAUGCAGUACAGAAACACUAAUCAGUAAAGACACUACUACCAGGAUGAGUAUUGCAUGUUUCCCCAGAGUAUUUGAGUCGUAGCUGACAGCCAGGAAAUUCUUGAAGACCAUGCUAGAAGCCUUUUUGUAUUUUAACCCAUUAAUGCCAAUUCUCUCACACUUAAUUACUGACCGUUUCUCCAGUUUAGAGAUUGAAUUUUAACUAUAGUGAUGAGUUUUCGCCACUCUGAUCUCAACUUUAUUAAUGUGUAAUUUGAUAGAAGUUGACUGUACUGUUUAACCCAUCUCAAGCAAAGCAAGAAACGGGCACACUAUUCACUCUCUUUAAACCUUUAGGGUGCUAUGAUUCAGAAACGGACUCUCAAAGACUUUUUUUUUUAUCAAGGCAUUACAUGAUAACCUCUCACUAAUUUUCUGUCACUUUAGCUUGAUUGAACAGAAGCCAAACACAGCCUAAAAAGCUGGGAAAUCAAUUUCAACAUGUACGGUAUGCUUCCAAAAUACUAAGCAAGUCUUAACACUAACUUAAUGGGGCUAAAAUGUGUGUGUAUAUAUAUUAAAAAAAGAAAAAAGAGAAAAAAAAGCCAAUAUGGUCUGUAACUGCCAUUUUGUCUGCUUGAAAAUUACACUAAGCUCGUCACGAGGAGGCAGACAGCCAACCAUUAGAUGGAGACUGCUGUCAUAAAGAGGGUCUGCACGGGUCGAAGCGCCAGUAUUAAGUGAGCGGAAGGAUAUAGCAGUAUGGAUACCCAAGUAUUUAUCAGUGUUCAGAUUUCCUGCGUGUUGAGUGCAGCUCAUUUAAUGGAGUGACUUUUAAACUUGACUCUCUACAACUUCUGGCACAUGGUCAAGGGCUGACUGGCUGUCAUUAGUGUGGCGGUUUUGUUAUCAGCCCGGUGUUGCACAGUGUGUAUUUUUGACACUUUUUUUUUUUUUUUUUUAAAUCUCACCAUGUUAUGAGAUGGGAAAGAGGGGAAGGCAGUCUGUAUGAAACUUCUCAUUCUAUACGGGAUUGGUUCUAACACUACAACACUCGUAUUUAUUGCCUUGAAUAAUGAAAGUUGUUUUUGAGGCAUUGCUGGCCCUGUGGGUGUGUCAUGUACCUUCCUGUGGGCUUGCUUGUUGGAAUAAUUGGAAUCUAACUUAUCUUUUGGACAUCGAGUUUGUGCAUAUUCAAAACUUCCAGCUUGUUCCCUUAUUUUUUUUUUGUUUUUUGUUUUUUUUUUUCACCAUCUUUCGCUGUAUAAGAAAACAUUACCAGAACACUAAUAUUUAGGACCACUUGAUUUAUUUUUCCUCACUCCAAUGAAACCUGAUGGUCAAUUGUGUAGUGGUGUAUAAAAAUGCUGUUUUUCUCCCCCCUCUUUUUUUGUAUGUAAACCAAAUGUAAAUUAUGUAUUAUACUGAGUGUGCCAACCCCACUCUCUUUAGAGCCAGGCUCUCUCUAAGUGCCAACGCUGUGGUCAUCAUCAAAGGACCACCACCUGAGAUGGUCCCCCUUUUUAAAUAAAACACACCAGAGACUAAAAGGAUAGACAAUUAAGUACACACAAAGACUUUAUUCUGUAUUUAAGAUUGAAGAUUUAAAAGAUAAUCUGCUGUUUUUUAAGAAACUGUAAUUAUAAUUGCAUGUGCUGUUUAUUUUGUGUUGGAAGUGAGGGCUUGGAUGUUUUCAUUGAAGCAGGUCCCUCGACGAUGAAGGGGUUCCAAUCAGUUGGUUAUUAUCGAUUUAUUGAUUUACAUAACUCUUGCCAUAUUUUUUUAUGUGUUUCAUGUAUUUGUUUCAACCACUGUUGCCUGAUCCUCAUUCAAACAUGAACAUGACUUAUGAUCAUUGCCGCCUUCUAAGAGAGAAACAUAAUGACAAGGUAUCUGUUUUAAAUUGAAAUAAAUUUGUUCCUAUA